CCAGCGAAAUUCACCAUCGUCGUCGACUCUCCCAAUACACGGCGGGCAGAACGACCAACGGCGCAACAGGGGCCAUUCGAAAGCGUGAGGCGGAAGCCGGUCGUCAAGCAAAGCGUCUCCAGAGGCACGAGGACGAAGCCCUUGGACAACGCGAAGCCGAAGCAAAGCGUCGCACCGGACAGCACGAAGCAUUAUUGCUUUCGCACACGCAACUCAUGAGAACUCCUUAGGUGUCCUCGAAUUUUUGCGUCCGCUUGCGUAUGGUACGGUAUGGUAAAACUUUAAUGAAGUCCUGCAGAUCGUGAGUCUUCACGAAGUGGGCCGCUCCCACGUGGGAACUGGAAGGCCGAGCCUCUCGGCCGCAUCGUGGGCUUGCUGGACAGCCCAGAGUUGGUCAGCCAGAAGAGGGCUGCAGAGAACCGCCUCCCAUCUCGCCGAGCUGAUAGCGAUGAUAGAGCGUGACCGGGCACACGGCCAGAGCAUGUGGUCUAACGUGGCUAUUUCUCCACAAUCGUGGCAGGUAGCAUUAUUCUAAGUAUCCCGAUAGAUUUUGUGUAAAAGCGACGGAUUGGGAUAUGUAUUCGUUUGUAGUAAACGGAGCGUUAAUGCUUGAGCUCUAUUGAGGCGCGGAUGAGGAACAAAGUAGGUUCUACGGAUGAGAUAGUAGUGUUUAGUAAUCCCGACUCACCAGAGAACAGGGACACGCCCUCCCCUUGCGUAAGUCGAAAGUUACCCGCUUCAUUCGCCGCUCUCUCGCACGCGUUUUGAGGUGGAAAGAACUCUGCGCGCUAUCGCUCUAAAUAAAUUACGGAUGCCGAGACGCGUUCGCUAACCUCAUCAGGCUCUGCACAGUCUCGCACUCGCGACGGGUGCUGCGUUCCCUCCCUCGCACCAACCGCUUCCUCCAGGUCGAGCAUCCGUCACGUGCCGACCAUAUCGCUCUAGCCCGCCACAGACUGGAGUCAAUCGGCGAAGCGAUAAGUAUAAUCUGUGCUCGGCAGCAGCCUACGUUUGGGAGGCAUUUCUCCCGUCGAUUCCAGACCAGACCGGCCGUCGUGACAAGUGUGGUCACGAUGACGUUCCGCUGCUGCAUUCCUUCGGCAUUGCUUCUGUUGGUUCUGGCAUGUUGCUCGGCCUUCGCUACGACAUGGAUGUAUGGAGUUCCCACGGAGUCUGACCAGUCCUGGAGGCCCCGCGUGGUCGUUCCGACACGCGGCGAGGUAUGGCCUCGGCCCGUGAACCAGACCAAGAGCCAAAAUACUCUCUCUGUGGACGCAAGCACGUUCUCGUUCCAAUACGAUGGCCCCUGCUUCGUGGUGCAGCAGGCAAUCAGGCGCUAUCGCCGUGACAUUUUAUUCCAAAACUGCACGAAACCCAGCACAUCGGGAGUGGCCGAACGGGCUCACGCUCACCACGCUGUGAAUCCCCACACUCCCCCAUCUGAUGGUCGCCUCGACGUUCUGCGAGUGAUGGUGCUUAGUGAGUGCGCGGACCUCCCGGACACCCACAUGGAUGAAAGCUACACACUUUCUUUAUCAUCUGUUGACAAGUCUUUCAUCGCUGCUCGAACCGUUUGGGGCGCGCUGAGAGGACUGGAAACCUUUAGCCAGCUUUUCUAUUCACCCGAUGGAGUGUCGUGGGUCGUGAAUGAGACGGUGAUCUACGACGAGCCGAGAUUUCCGCACCGUGGCUUGCUGAUCGAUUCGUCGCGACACUUCCUGCCACUGGAGUCGAUAAUGGACACGUUGGACGCGAUGUCGUACAACAAGAUGAACGUUCUCCACUGGCACAUCGUGGACGACGAAUCAUUUCCCUACGUGAGCAAGGCGUUUCCAAGUAUGAGCAAAAAGGGUGCCUACGACCCGUACAUCCGCGUAUACCGGCCAGCAGACGUGCAACAUGUCAUCAGUGAAGCUGCUACCAGGGGCAUUCGCGUCAUGGUGGAAUUUGACACGCCUGGACACACCCGAUCGUGGGGUGCGGCGUUUCCCGAUCUCCUAACGACUUGCUACAAAGGCAUGGAGCCCGACGGCAAUCUCGGACCUAUCGACCCCACUACAAAUGACACAUACAUUUUUCUUAAGGAGCUGUUCACUGAGGUGGCCGGCGUGUUUCCCGACCAGUAUAUUCACUUGGGAGGAGACGAAGUCAGCUUCGACUGCUGGAAAUCCAACCCCAAUGUCAACAAUUUCAUGGCCAUGAUUGGUAUUUCCGGUGACUACAAGAAGCUCGAAGAGUUUUAUAUACAAAGGUUGCUGAAACUUGUGCAAGAGGUACGGAAGAGCUACAUGGUGUGGCAGGAAGUAUUCGACAACAACGUUGAGAUUGCGCCUGACACAGUGGUACAUGUAUGGAAAGGACCCCACCAGGAGGAAAUGAGUGCUGUGACGGCAGCCGGGUUCAAUGCGCUCUUAUCCAGCUGCUGGUACUUGGACCACAUCGGCUAUGGUCGCGACUGGCAGAAAUACUACUCCUGCGAUCCGCAUAACUUCACAGGGACGGCCAAGCAGAAGUCUCUUGUGCAGGGUGGCGAAGCCUGCAUUUGGGGAGAGUAUGUGGAUGCCGCGAAUCUGAUUAGCCGCACCUGGCCUAGGGCGUCCGCAGUGGCCGAGAGACUCUGGAGCCCCGCCUGGGUGAAGUACUCAGAAAUAACAGCGUCUCGGUUCGAAGAACAGCGUUGCAGGAUGCGUAGGCGUGGCCUCAAAGUUGAACCAGAGAAUGGGCCUGGUGUCUGCGACUGCGACUAUGUCGUUUGAAGAGAAGAUAUGACGUGGAGCAAACCGUUCUCUACGAUUAAGAAUGAACAUAAGGGCCGUGUUCGUUUUCACAGUGGGAAUGUUAGUACGGAAAGGAAUGUGCACAUAAACUCCCUGUCUGAGCAUGCCAGCUGGCGUGAGAGAAACCGCCACCUUCAUGGCGAGAACUUGCUCUGGCCGACGUUCUUUGAAGAAAUUUAGCCUCGUGAACUGUUUUUCAAGAGCAAGUACGCCUAGUAAAGCAAUGAAUGGGGCUAGUUGGUGGACUUUCGUGAUUGUAUUGCGCUUAGUCAGGGAGUACGCCACUACGUAAAAUCGCAAAAAUAAAUUGUUGUCGCAUGAAUGUCUGUGUUUUCACAACAAAUAAAGUCGAAAAACUCUUAUACGCUACAAUAUUCUUACAUACUUCGCAUGAAAUUCUUACUGCAUUACUUAAACUAUGUUUCAGCAGCGCCCUGGUAUGAGCAACCUGUGUCUGAAAUACAUCUGCGAAUGGCACCUGUUCAUCAAGACUGCCACAAACUGUAUGAGGUUUACGUUAUUCAAUGUUGUCGAACUUACUACCACGUACAAAUACUUAGGAAUCAACUUGCAAUCGGAUCUAACAUGGCAUCAUCACAUCAACCUUACUCUUGCAUCUGCUAACCGUACUUUCGGAAUCAUGAAACACAGACUAAAGCAAUCGCCUUCACACCUAAAGAAACUCGCGUACACCACGUUAAUCAGGCCUAAAAUUGAAUAUGCAUGUGCAAUCUGUGAUCCGAGCCAAGACUACAUUACACGUAACAUUGAAUCCCUGCAAAGCCGUGCUGCUCGCUUCAUUUUUUCAGAUUUUUCUCCGUACUCCAGUGUUACAUCUUUAAAAAUUCGUGCCGAACUGCCUCCGCUAUCACUACGACGGAAACACGCCCGCCUAUCUCUCUUUCACAAACUUUAUCAUCAUGAUCGUUCGCGCGACGACUUCUUUCAGUCACCCCCUGUCAUUUUUCCUCGCCGUGAUAACCCUUGCAAAGUCAAACGCCCAGCUUGCCACUCAGCUCAUUACGCACAGUCAUUCAUCCCCAAAACCAUAGCUGACUGGAAUAACCUACCAUCUGAUAUUGCCACUGAAGUUAACACCGAUCAAUUUCAUCAAAUGCUGUGGACUCAUUUCAGAAUUUGAUGUCUUUGUGCAUCUUUGGUGUUAGCUAUUUUUUUUCAGGGCUAAUUUAAUACCUUUGAAUCUUGUUUGACAUCGUAUUGCAGUUUUUUCUCUUUUUGUAUUGGUGUAUGAGUAUUUUGUGGUGUUAUUGCUAUGUUUGCUGAAUUGUUUAUUCUUAAUAUUUUUUUCGUAUUCUUAUUAGUGUGUUUCGUGUGACCCCCCUAUGCAAUACCCUCUCCAAUAGGGCCUUUAGGGUAUUUGAAUAAAUAAAUAAAUAAAUAUCAGGCUGUUCA